AUGGGAAAUCGUAAUGGUAGUUCACGUCGAAAACAACGUGAUAAUUCAUAUACAUAUUCAGAUGAUAGUCGUCGAGAUGGUUCUAUAAAACCUAAAACUAGUGGAAAUGUAACUCGAAGACCAAAUCAACCACAAACACCUACGACUCAUCGAUAUACAGAUGGUUAUGGAGGAACUCCUGUAAUACAAACAACUAAUAAUUAUAAUUCAAAUAAAUUAAUUUAUGUAGCUAAUUAUGAUUUUAAUGGUACAUCAACAACUGGUGAAUUAAGUUUUCGUAAAGGUGAUAGAUUAGAAAUACUUGAUAGAUAUUCUUUUAAUGAUUGGUGGCAAGCUAAAAAUUUACGAACAAAACUAAGUGGUUAUGUACCAGCCAAUUAUAUAUCAGCAAUAAAUGAUUUAACAGCAUGCGAAUGGUAUUUUACUGAAACAAAUCGUCGUGAUGCUGAACGAUUUCUUGAGCAACCACAUAAUGGCAAAGGAACUUUUUUGAUUCGACCUUCGGAUACUAACCAAGGUCAAGAAUCAUUAUCUGUUCUUGAUUUAAGUAAAGAUAAACAUUUUCAUGUUAAACAUUAUCGUAUACGUCGAACUGAUCAAGGAUUAUAUUAUAUUAGUAGUAAAAGUGUUUUUCCAACAUUACAAGAUCUUGUUGAUCAUUAUCGAACAAAUGCUGAUGGUCUUUGUUGUUUAUUAACACGUCCAUGUCGAAAAAUAGAACCAACUGUUCCAGCUGAUCGACAUGGUUUAUUAGAAUUAGAUCGUUCACAACUUCAACGUACUGACUUACUUGGUCGUGGAAAUUAUGGUGAAGUUUAUAAAGGUAAAUAUGGACAACGUGAUGUUGCAAUAAAAUGUAUGAAAAUGGAUAAUAAAAAUCGUUUAUGUAAUGUUGAUAAAUUUCUUGAUGAAGCAAAAAUAAUGAAAGAUCUUUUACAUAAAAAUAUUGUACGUUUAUAUGGUGUAUGUACACAAGAAGAACCAAUAUUUAUUGUUACUGAAUAUAUGACACAUGGUUGUUUAUUAAAUUAUUUACGUGAUGGUCCAGGAAAAACUUUAAAAUUUAAAACUAUACUUGAUUUUGCUGCACAAAUUGCCAAAGGUAUGGCUUAUCUUGAACAAAAACGAUAUGUUCAUUGUGAUUUAGCUGCUCGAAAUAUUCUUGUUGGAGAAUUAGAUGUUGUAAAAAUAGGUGAUUUUGGUUUAGCAAAAAUUCUUCAAGGUGGUCGUUUAAUGGUCGAUAGAGAAUCACAAUUUCCUAUUAAAUGGACAGCACCAGAAGCAGCAACAAAAAAAGAAUAUACAACGAAAUCUGAUGUAUGGAGUUUUGGUAUUCUUCUAUAUGAAUUAAUUACACAUGGUUCAAAUCCAUAUCCUGGAAUGUCAAAUAAUGAAGCAUUACAAACAGUACUGAAUGGUUAUCGAAUGCCAAAACCACAUGAAUGUCAUGAACAUUAUUAUCAAAUAAUGUAUUCUUGUUGGCAAGAUAAUCCAGAUAAUCGACCUACAUUUGAAACACUUUAUAUGCGUUUUGAUGAAUUUAUGAUACAAGCUGAACCAAGCUACCGAGAGACAUGA